AUGCAGUUGCAGAUUACCCUACUCUCCCAUUUUGGUUCUACCAGUGUCACGGUUCGACAGGGACCUGUCAUAUACCACCGAGUGGUCGCUUAUCCGGAUAUUACACCUCGACGGGCACAUCCCUGCCGCGGUGGGAUUUCCAUCUGGAAGCCCAUUCGCGGCGGCAUCGGACCAGAAACCGGCUUAUUCAAAGUUUACCCGGGCUCUCAACACCUUAGUACGCUAAGCGAGCUGAGCUAUAGUGGAAUACGUGCCACGGAAGUACGGAUACGUGCUGAUCAGGUCCUUAUUACACAUGGCGGACUCUGGAUUGAGGAACAACGGACAUGUGCGAGUGGUUCUUUGAUGUGGAUGGGCGUCUCUGAGCGGGUCCUCGGGUUGUAUAUUGACAUAUACUGUCCACAAUUUAUUGCAGAGGCCUAUGGAGCCACGAGGCUUCUUUCACGGCGCCCGUCACUAGAAGGCAUGGGACUGGAACCCGAGCUGCAAAUAGCUAAAGACGCUGUCCCUUUCACACCACAAGACAGAAUAACCGGAGGCGGCCUAAGGAGUCGCGCAGAGACCCUGGAUUCAUUCUUGAGUCGUGCGUUGACCGAUCUCCCUCUGAUUGACAAAUUCGUAAACGACCUUGACGACCCAACUGGAUUAAUUCUCUGCGCUUAUCACAGGCCCAGUGCAGCGCCAGACAAAGACAAAGACCCACGGAUGGCACUAUUGAAGUCCAAAGGCCCUGCCUCGGACCCAACUACCUGGUUCAUUCGCGCUCUCGCUGUCCGAUAUCUUGUCCAGCGUUAUCACAAUCCGACCAGCAGGUCAAUGAUGACCGAAUUUAUCCGCGAACAAAACCUACCUGAUACCCCCGCACUACGAAACAACGUGAAGCAAGGCCACAAGAUCUAUCUGGUGGAGAUAGAACUCCAGAUGCCGGGCAUCUGGCUUGCACUGUCUGGUAUUUUCCCAAGGGUAACGAACUUGCCUUUCUCAGAGGUCUAUUCUCUGCCACAAGCAUUACGUGGGCAAUAUUCGGCCCUUGGAAGCGCGGCGCAGAGAUGGUCCAGGCUUAUGGAAGAUUCCUCUUGCUUGUACUCGACCUGGAUUGACGAGUUAUUGGAGGAUAUGACACCUGAUAGCGGAAGCAGGGGGAUCAUAUGGGCAUAG